AUGUCGCUGACAGGGAAGGUUGCUCUAGUUACUGGGGCUUCUCGUGGCAUCGGAAGAGGAAUUGCGAUCGAACUGGGGACCGCUGGUGCUACUGUCUACAUUACUGGUCGAAAACCAGGCAAAAAUCACAAGGUAAAAACGGCCUCAACGUUGGAACAUGUUGUCGAAGAGAUUGCGAAAAAAGGAGGCAAGGGAAUCGCCGUUCAUUGUGACCAUUCCAACUACGAAGAAGUGGAAAAGUUGUUCUUGAAAAUUCAGAAGGAAACUCAUGGACAUUUAGACAUCCUGGUGAACAAUGCCUUCGCUGGGAUCGAAUUCACAACUUCGAAUGUUGGAAAGAAGUUUUUUGAACUUAAAGAGAAACAGGAGAAGGUCUGGGACAUUGUGAAUGAUGUCGGGCUGAAGAAUCAUUACGUUUGUUCGAGUUAUGCGGCCAGAAUGAUGGCCAAGAAAGGGUCGGGGCUGAUUGUAAUCGUCAGCUCGGCUGGGGGGAUGCGACAUAUUUUUAAUGUGCCCUACGGUGUUGGGAAGGACGCAGUGAGUAAAUUUCUACAAUAAUUAAAGUCUUGAGGGCUAAAAUCAAAUGAUUUUUAGUGCGACCGACUGGCUGCGGAUCUUGCUGUUGAUCUGAAAGGAACUGGAGUUUCAGCGAUCUCGAUUUGGCCUGGCGCAGUAAAAACGGAACUGAUAAAUGAGACCGUAUUUGCUGGGAAAAGUUCGGUAUGUUUUGGCUUUCAAAGUGCCGGGGAUUGGAUGAUAAGGAGUUCUGGUGUUAGACGAGCAACAAAUAGCAGGUUUUGUAGGAAAGAAAAGCGUUAAAGGUCUCCCUGGGACUUCUUUCAAGUCUCUAAACGUUACAAAUAAAGGCCAUGGAUGAAUCUCCCAAACCAAAAGUUUUGUCAUCAUAAUUCUGUAUACAAUUCUAGAUCCCAAAAUCCCUUUACGAUGGCGGUGAGAGCGUUUAUUUUGCUGGAAAAUGUAUUGUGAAGCUGGCCGGGCUUCCAAUUCUCGACAAGUACAAUGGAAAAAUCGUUGAGACUAUAGAUUUGGCGAAUGAGUAUAACAUUGUCGAUACGAAUGGAAGUGAGUAGACAUCUCGCAAAGUCUUACAUUAAUUGCUUAGAAAAGCCAAAUCCAGAUCCGACCUGGGCCGCAGAACGGAAGAAAUUCAUCGAUUUCAUCAACGACGUCCGCACAACUGAUUUAUAA